AUGGCUCAGCCAAACAUGACCAUGGUCGACGCCAACGCCGUUCCGGUCUCUUCGACCGCCGCAGGCGUCCCCGCUACGGGCGGUCGCAUCUCCACCGACACGGCACGUCACUCGCGCCGACGCCGCCUCUCCAUGUCGAUGCCCUUCCACGGACGCAAACACCACGAUGUGUUUGGCCAAGACACCAACCCUCACCGACGCAAGCACUUUGGCAAGCCCUCCUUCUCGGGCUUCCAGCCCCAUUUCAUGGCCGGUCUCGGAGAGUUCAUUGGCACGACCAUGUUCCUCUUCCUCGCCGAGGGUGGUGCCAAGACGGCCCAGCUCUCCGUCUCCGCCGCUCAGACGGACACGGCUACCCCGCUGAGUAACGAGACCAUCAUGUUCAUCGCCUUGUCGUUCGGCAUGUCGCUGUUGGUCUCUGCUUGGAUGUUCUACCGUAUCACGGGUGGUCUUUUCAAUCCUGCCAUUACCAUUGCGCUUUGGCUUGUGGGUGUGCUCACGACGCGCCGAGCGGUGGUGCUGUUCUUCUCGCAGAUUCUGGGAGGUAUCGCCGCUGCAGGUCUCGUGCUGGGACUUACGCCCACCAACUCGGUCAGUUCCGUGACAACGACGCUGCAGCCCGGAAUUAACAUCACCCAGGGUUUCCUCAUCGAGAUGCUCCUCACCUCCAUCCUCGUCUUUUCGGUGCUCAUGCUCGCAGUAGAGAAGCACCGAGCGACCUACCUUGCUCCCGUCGGAAUCGGACUCACGCUCAUGGCCGCCCAUCUGUUCGGCGCUGUAUGGACAGGAUGUGGCAUGAACCCUGCUCGUUCGUUUGGCCCUGCCGUCGUCGCCCGUCAAUUCAACUCUGACCACUGGAUCUACUGGAUCGCCCCCAUCUGCGGCGGCAUCCUCUCCGUCGUCUACUUUUCCUUCCUCAAACUGCUCAAGUACAACUCGGUGGUGCUGGACCAGGACAGCGAUACCGAAGUUACAGGUCUCAAGCCCAUCCACACUCGAGUGUGGAACCUGGUGCGACACGGAGAGAACCCGAGCGCGCUCAACCCUGAAUCAUCGACGCACUACGACUCAAAGGCGAGGGCCGAGUUCGACCAGGAGCAGAGGGAGGUGUUUGAGGAGCGAGAGCAGAUUCGCGCGGGCAUGAUGGACAAGCCUGUCUUUGAUGGUCAUGCCAACACUGCAGCCGAGGGAAGGAUGGCUCAAAGUGUGCCUGGACACGGCUCGCCGGUGAGCACCGGAAGCACCCUCGCUCACACCACGAGCAACAACACUGGAAAGGGUCCGAUUCUUCCCAAGUAA